ACUCCCUGACACAACGUGCUUCCUUUGCUAAACAAGCUCCUUCUACUUCUCUUUCGCACCUAUUUACAACUCUCACGACUGAGUAAACCGCCAUCAUGCCUGGAGUCCCACCCGAUGCGAUGGAGCAGAUGAAGAAGGCCUUCAAGGGUCUCUUCAGCAAGAAGAAGACCAAGAAAGAGGAGCUUGCGCCGACCGCCACCACUGAACAGCCCUCCGCAAGCACCGCGAAGCCUACCGAGACGACGCCCGCUGCACCAGCCCCGGCUACCGCUCCUGAGCCCGUCAAGAGCGAGACCGCUCCGGCCUCGACUGGCACUGCACCAGCACAAAGCGAGCCCAACAAGGACGAGGCUGCUGCUUUGGCUGAGGUCAAGCAGGCCACGCAGAGUAGGUCAACAUCUUUUUUUGCUCCCGAGAUUGGCGAACACGGUGAUGACGACUAUUGGAACGGAUCCAGGCGGCGACAGAAGGUUGCGCUCGAUAGCGACAGGGACGGUCUGCUCUGAGCAGCCGGCCUUUCCUGCCCGUCUGUCUGUCGUUUCGCCUGCUGUCUACCUCCACGCGCUCGUCUUUGACCGUCCGCACCGGCCUCAUCGCGUGGCCCUUGGCGUCGACACGUCUUCGUCUCCCUUUUCUGUCGACAUCAUCAGCGACUUUCCUUGUUUUUUCGAAGAUACCCA